AUGGCGGCGCUGGAGAUCGCCUUCGCCGCCAUCAGCGUCGCGGUCAUCGUCGCCAUUGCCUACUUCCUCCACACGUGCUCGCGGGAGGCCACGCCCGUGCCGAUGCCGCCGCCCCCCGGCGCGGAGGAGGCCGCCGCCGCAGCCGGCGACGUCGAGAUGCAGGCCGGGAUGGACGAGGCCGCGAUCAGCGCGCUGCCCAAGGUGGUGGUGCGCGGCGGGGCCGGGGAGGCGUCGUCGUCCUCGUCGUCCACGAGCUGCGCGGUGUGCCUGGGGGAGUACGACCGGGGAGACGUGCUGCGGGUGCUGCCGGACUGCGCGCACUCGUUCCACCGGCCGUGCGUCGACCAGUGGCUGCGCCUCCGCCCCAGCUGCCCCGUCUGCCGCACGCCGCCGGCAGCCCCCUCGCCCAGCCAAACAAAAUCGGUCGCAUUCUAA